AUGUCAAAAGUUGAUAUAGAAGUGGAAGCGGAUUCAAUCUCGUCGUCCGAUGAGAUCCUGGUACCCUCAACCCUCGCUGAUGUUACGCUAGCGUUUAUGGAGGAAAACGAUGCAGAAGUUCCUGAAAUUACGCCUGAAGAGGAGAAAAAGUUAAAGAGAAAACUGUUUCUCACGAUAUUCACCUUCGUCUCUGCCAUCAAUCUUUUACUUUACAUGGAUAAAGCUACUUUGUCCUACGACUCGAUUCUGGGUUUAUUUGAAGAUACAGGUCUCAGCCAGAACACAUAUAAUACUGUGAACACACUGUUUUACGUUGGUUUUGCAAUUGGCCAAUUUCCUGGGCAAUAUUUGGCCCAAAGGUUACCGCUUGGGAAGUUCUUGGGUGGGCUAUUAGCUGCGUGGACUGUAAUUAUCUUUUUGAGUUGUACUGCUCGCAACUUUUCUGGGCUUGUUGCCUUGAGGUUUUUCUUGGGACUAACAGAGAGUGUUGUCAUCCCAAUCCUGAUUACUACCAUGGGCAUGUUCUUCGAUGCCACGGAAAGGGCUGCCGCCCAGCCGUUUUUCUUUGCGGCAUGUAUGGGGUCUCCCAUUCCAACCGGGUUUAUUGCCUAUGGUGUUCUUCACAUAAAGAAUCCCAGCAUUUCCUUGUGGAAAAUAUUUACCAUCAUUAUUGGUGGUUUGACCUUUAUCAUGACGAUUGUGGUUAUUCUAUGGUUUCCUAAUAAUCCCGCUGAUGUGAAGUUUUUUUCAGUGAAGGAGAGAGUAUGGAUUAUUAGAAGAGUCCAGGCAUCCACAGGUUCUUCUAUUGAACAAAAGGUUUUCAAAAAGAGCCAGUUCAGGGAGGCAAUGAAAGAUCAUAUAAGUUGGUUAUUCGGGUUAUUUUUCCUUCUUCAGCAACUUGCUAAUAACCUGCCCUACCAGCAGAAUCUUUUAUUCGAGGGCAUGGGUGGCGUUGACGCCUUGGGCUCGACAUUAGUUUCAGUUGCUGGCGCAGGUUUCGCGGUUGUUUGUGCCUUCAUUGCUUCUUUGACGCUGAUGAAAUGGAAGGACAUUUCAGCUUUGACAGCCAUUUUUUGGACCUUACCGGCAUUGGUAGGAUCAAUUGCUGCCGCUGCCUUACCAUGGGGCAAUAAGAUUGGUAUCCUGGCGAAUAUUUGUAUGGCAGGUCAAAUUUUCGGAAUUCCCUUCAUUAUAACCCUUAGCUGGGCAAGUUCAAGCGCGUCUGGCUAUACUAAGAAACUGACCAGAAGUUCUGUGUGUCUAUUUGCAAUGGGUAUUGCUAACAUCAUCUCACCACAAAUAUGGAGAGAAAAGGACGGUCCGCGCUUUUUGCCAGCUUGGAUUGUUCAGAUAGUCCUAUCAUUCUCUUUGGCCCCUGCCAUUCUGUUGUUAAUCCAUUUUAUACUCAAGAGAAGGAAUAAUGAAAGACUAAAGAAUUACGAAGAAAAUCUGCAGAGUUAUAUGGACAGAGUCCAACUUGUUGAAAGUGAUAGGCCCUCUUCAAUCGAAAAAGGGAAAACGAUAACACAUGAGAACAACUUGGCAGUGUACGAUUUGACUGAUUUAGAGAAUAAGACUUUCAUAUAUCCUUUGUAG